CCAAAAAAUAAAACCAAAAAUGAAUUAAAUGAAAAAUAAAUUGAUAUCCGAAUCGAUCGAUUUCGGAUUCUAGAUCCGCCAAAACAACCCGUUAGAAAUCACAGCUCUCCGUCCAAAUUUUGAAACGACGCCGUAUACUGCUUCCCCCUCCCCUUCCCGCCAUGGUCGCACAGGUGGCGGAGCCCCAGCCAUCUGCGCCCCAGCAAUUUCAGGCCGACGUCGACCCGCCGCCCGAACCGCCGCUCGCCAGCGCUAAAACGCUAAUCUGCGCCCUCAAUUUCAUCUCCCGCAAUCUGCCCCUGCCCCAGCACGUAUACGACGCCGUUUCCUCCAUCUGCGAAGCCGAAGCUGCUCCUCAAUCGCCUGCUGAUGGAGCUGAUCGUGACGUUGGCGCUGAUACCAGCAACGGGUCGACUUCGCCGCUGCCAAAGGAAAAAUUGGGCCUUUCAACUUACAAUGAGUUAAUGUUGGAUUUUGAGGAUGCGGUGUCAAACCAGAGAUCAGCUUGUUUGCCUAGUUCCAAAUUGUCAGACUUAAAGGAGACCAGGUUUCAGAGCCAAGUAAAGCAUCGGUUAGCCGAACUUGAAGAAUUACCUACUAGUAGGGGUGAGGACCUGCAGUCCAGAUGCUUGCUUGAACUCUAUGGACUUAAGUUAGCUGAGCUCCAGAGCAAAGUCCGUUCUGAAGUGAGUUCUGAAUAUUGGCUUCGACUGCAUUGUGCAAAUCCUGACAAGCAGCUUUUCGAUUCGGGAAUGAUGAGAUUGCGCCGUCCUUUAUUUGGCAUCGGGGAUGCUUUUUCUAUGGAAACAGAUGACCCAUUGAAGAAGAAACGAGAGGCUGAGAGGUUUUCAAGAUUUGAGGAGGAAGAGAAGAAUCGGAUAGAGACUAGGAAAAGAAAAUUCUUUGCUGAUUUACUUAAUGCUGCACGUGAAUUGCAAUUGCAAGUACAGGCUGCCCAGAAACGGCGAAAACAGAGAAACGACGGUGUUCAGGCUUGGCAUGGAAGGCUGAGGCAACGAGCUACACGAGCUGAAAAGUUGAGGUUCCAAGCUUUGAAAGCUGAUGAUCAAGAAGCUUAUAUGAAAAUGGUUGAGGAGAGCAAGAAUGAGAGAUUGACGAUGCUCCUUGGAAAAACUAAUGAUCUUUUAGUUCGUUUGGGUGCUGCUGUUCAACGUGAAAAAAAUGCUACCUAUGAUAGCAUCGAACCCUUGGAAGGUUCAGAUGCUGAUUUGCCUGAGUUAUCUGCUUCAAGGACUGAUACACCAGCACAAUCAAUUCCUGAGGAAGAUGAAGAGAUUGAUGACGAGUCUGAUGAUAAAGCAAAGACUGGUGAUUUAUUAGAAGGGCAGCGGAAGUAUAAUUUUGCUGUACACUCUAUCCAGGAAAAGGUGAUGGAGCAACCUUCCAUGCUUCAAGGUGGAGAGUUAAGAACAUACCAGAUUGAGGGGCUUCAGUGGAUGUUGUCUCUAUUCAAUAACAAUCUAAAUGGAAUUUUAGCUGAUGAAAUGGGCUUGGGAAAAACAAUUCAGACUAUCUCCCUGAUUGCUUAUCUCAUGGAAAACAAAGGUGUGAAUGGGCCACACUUGAUUGUUGCCCCAAAAGCCGUUCUGCCAAAUUGGGUUAAUGAAUUCACUACUUGGGCUCCUAGCAUUUCUGCAGUUCUUUAUGAUGGACGUUUAGAUGAAAGAAAGGCCUUGAGAGAAGAGUAUUCAGGAGAGGGGAAGUUCAAUGUUUUGAUCACCCAUUAUGAUCUCAUCAUUAGAGAUAAAGCAUUUUUGAGGAAAAUUCACUGGCUCUACCUGGUUGUUGAUGAAGGACAUCGACUUAAAAAUUAUGAUUGUGUUCUUGCACGGACUCUGGUUUCAGGAUACCGAAUUCGACGGAGACUUCUUUUGACUGGAACUCCUAUCCAGAAUAGCUUGCAGGAACUGUGGUCCCUACUUAACUUUCUCCUUCCUAAUAUCUUCAAUUCAGUCGAUAACUUCGAGGAGUGGUUUAAUGCUCCCUUCGCCGACAAAUGUGAUGUCAGCUUAACAGAUGAAGAACAGCUGCUAGUCAUCCGACGUUUGCACCAUGUCAUUAGGCCAUUCAUUUUGAGGAGGAGGAAGGAUGAGGUCGAAAAGUACCUACCUAGUAAAACUCAGGUCAUACUUAAGUGUGACUUGUCCGCAUGGCAGAAGGCCUAUUACAAGCAAGUGACCGAACAGGGAAGAGUUGGUCUUUCUCAUGGUAGUGGUCGCUCCAAAAGCCUUCAGAAUCUGACAAUGCAGCUCCGGAAAUGUUGUAACCAUCCAUACCUGUUUAUUAGAAGUAUGUUGGAACGGAAUAAAACUGGUAGUAUAAUUUUUAAAGUAUAAUUUUAUUAAAA